AUGCUCAGCCCCGUCGUGCGUUGGAAAGUGGUUGAUGCUGUGGUUGAUUUUGGCGCCAACGCUGUGCUGCUUGCAGGUGCCUGGCGCGUCAAGGCAGAGGAGUGCGGCAGCCCCCCAGCAGGAGGAGCGCGGUGUGGCCUCAGCGCCCCGGGCGCUGGACAGGACGACUCGGACGGUGCCCGGCGCGUCGAGACGGAGGCAGAGCAUUGCGGCAGCCCUCCUGCAGGAGCACCGCGGCGUGGACGCAGCGCCGCGACCUCGGGGCAAGGCGGCAAGGACGGGUUGGAGGCUGAGGAGCCGUGGCUGCACAUCGACGCCACCUUCUCGCUCGCCUCUGGAGUCGGCCACGCCAAGCAGGACUCCGCGGCCAGCGGCACGGCUGGGGACGGAGGGGCGGACCGCGCUGUCGCCUCGCAGUGUGCGGAGCGUGGAGCGGCCUUGGAUGCCGAGGCGGGCCUGGAGAAGCACCUCGCAGCGCGCGGCAAGCGGCACGCCUGCCAACACUGCGGCAAGGAGUUCACCCGGGCGUUCAAUCUUGAAGUGCAUUCAAGAACCCACACCGGGGAGAAGCCUUUCCAGUGCAAGGUGUGCAGAAAGAAGUUUACCCAAUCAGGUGACUUGAAGGCGCAUGAAAGGAUCCACACUGGCGAGAAGCCUUUCCAGUGUGAUGUGUGUGGAAAGAAGUUUGCCCGGUCAACCGCUUUAAACACGCACGAAAGGAUCCACACUGGGGAGAAGCCUUUCCAGUGCAAAGUGUGCGGAACGAAGUUCUCUGAUUCGUCCCAUCUUGCGAGGCACAACAGGACCCACGCUAAGAAGAAGCCUGUUUAAUACGUACCAAGCUUUUAUGUAUGUGGAGACGUUUGCGCAAGGGGCCCGCCUCUUUAGGUGCAAAAGGGUUUCCGCUUAGGAAAAUCGUUUCAGUAAUAUUACUGUCGGUGUAAAUUCUGUGUACCAUCGUAUUGUUGAAUUCACGUGAUGGCCCGUGACUGACGCUCUCCACCUUUGGUUGGACAAAACACUUUAAACAGUGUUAGGUUUUAGGUUUCUACGGACUCACUUAAUUUGUUUCUUGUUUGUUUUUUUGUUGUUUUUUUCUUUUGUAUUGCAUUUUAUUGUUAAGGCCCUUAACAAUAAAAUGCAAUACAAAAGAAAAAAAACAACUUAACUUAAGGGAUGGUUAUCUUAUGUUGUAAUGGAGUGAUUUAUUGGUCUUAUGAAAGUUGCUGUUCUGUUGUAUUUUCUUAUUGUGUUCCUGAUUUGCGAACGCUUUGUUUUGGUUUUUGUGCAAUAAUGAUAAUGUGUCUUUGAUUGGGUGGAUAAAAAGUAGUUCGUUAACACUCGAAUGCUUUUGAAUUACGCUUUUCAACACCUAAUAAAAGUUGUUUCCUGUAA